AUAGCAAAAGAGUGAGAAAUGGGUAGGCAACCUUGUUGUGACAAACUUGGUGUGAAGAAGGGGCCUUGGACAGCCGAGGAGGACCAAAAACUGGUCAAUUUUAUCCUCACACACGGGCAAUGUUGUUGGCGUGCCGUGCCGAAGCUGGCCGGACUCCGCCGUUGUGGCAAGAGCUGUCGCCUCCGUUGGACCAAUUACCUCCGGCCGGACUUGAAGCGAGGCCUCCUGACUGAUGAUGAAGAACAACUUGUUAUUGAUCUCCAUGCCGAUCUUGGCAAUAGGUGGUCCAAAAUUGCAUCAAGAUUGCCAGGAAGAACAGAUAAUGAGAUCAAGAAUCAUUGGAACACCCACAUCAAGAAAAAGCUGAUCAAGAUGGGGAUUGAUCCUGUCACACAUGAAUCUCUCCAUAAAGAAGAAACCUCAUCAGAAGAACAAGUAAACAACAAUCAACCCAAUUCUGGUGCUGGUCAUGAUCAGCACCAAUUACCACUAAAAGACUCUGGCCACGUCUCCUCCGCCGAUAACAAUUCCACCUCCUCCACCGAUGAAUCUGGGUCGUUAGGCCAUAACAGUGCGGAUGACUUGUUAAUGAAUUACGUACUAUCCGAUGCAUUUUUCGACAAUUCUUCAUGGAACUUCAUGGCCAGCAAAGAUGAUGAUCAGGAACGUAGUGAAUUCGGGCUUUCUGAUUGGUCUGAUGAGGGUACCUCUCAAUGGCUAUUAGACUACCAAUAUUUUAAUGAUAUGAGCAUGAGUACACCAGAAAUGGAUAUCAGAAAAAAGAAGGAGGAUCUUGAAGAACACUAUGGUGUAUAAAAUUUAUGGAUGCUGAUAUGUAUAUAUGUAAUCUCUCAACAGUGAUUAUCCUUGUAUACUUCAUGAGGCACAGUAUAAGUCAAAGCACUUCCAACUUACUGAGAAUGUUAGAAAUACAUAUGUUCCAGGCGAGAGUCGGAUUAUAAGUUUAAGCCCAACUCCUCUUAUUUGUAUAGAGCUCUUUAAGGAAAAAUAGUGCGGUUCUUGGACACA